AUGAAGACCUUUCAACGGAAAAUCUUGAUAGAAUAUCUGAAUGGUGCUGAUGAUACCAAGGGUAAAGAACUAGUACUAUAUAAUGGUCAUAAAACCCAGGCAGUAGAUCGAAGUCGAACAUGUAGCGAGUGCGGUAUGAGAUUUCGGAAUGGACAAGCUUUGGGAGGUCACAUAAGCAUCCACUUUCAACGCCAUCUAGGUCCGAAGAACAACAAGAAGUUUAAGGUGAAGCAACAACAAUUGUUAUUAGAAUACCCUUCUUGGAAUAACAGUAGGCUCUCAUGCCAAGUUUGCAACAAGACUUUCCCAUCAAUGAAAUCCUUGUGUGGCCACAUGGGAUCGCAUCGCCAAAGAGCCCAGUCUCCUCCUCCAUCUUCUUCCUUAUCUUCAGCUGAUCAGUACUCGGACGGUGAUAGUUAUAUUGAUUCUGCAAGCAAGCACUACAAGUACGCCAAAUCAAAGAAAGGAAAAUUCUUAGAUGGCUACAAAGGCCAUCAUGUAUGCCCUAUUUGCUUAAAGACGUUCCCAACAGGGCAGGCACUUGGCGGCCAUAAAAGAUCUCACUACUAUAAAGGAGGACCAGUUCUAAAAGCUGCAGCAGCAGCUAAAAACAAAGUUGCAUCGACCAAUGGACAUGAAGAUUCAGCUAAAAUCAAAGUUGCAUCGGCCGAUGAUCGUGAAGAUUGUGUGAUCAUAGAUCCAGGAAGUCAACAUUGGACUGAUGAAACAAUUCACGUUGCAAGUCGUAGAAUAUUAUUAGACUUGGAUCUCAACAAACCUCCUAAGGAGGAUGAUGAUGGUUCGAAUUAG